GGCUACGCAUGACUUUUCCCAAAAACCAGACUACCGUUUUCUCGGAAACAACUGCGGCCCCCCAUUACAAACCCACGUCCUCUGCUUGCUUACAAAAAUGCCUCCACAUCACCCGCCAUUCUCUCCAAAAUCCCACACAAUUCCUUCACUUUCCUCCAUUUACUCACAUUUUCCCACCCGUUUCUCGCUUACCAAACAAGACGCACAAUCAUGCGGAUGAGUUGUAAUGGCUGCCGAGUCCUCCGCAAAGGCUGCGGCGACAGCUGCACCAUCAGACCCUGCCUUCAGUGGAUCAAAACCGCCCAAUCCCAAUCCAACGCUACCGUAUUCCUCGCCAAGUUCUAUGGUCGCGCUGGCCUCGUUAACCUCAUCAAUGCCGGCCCCCAACAUCUCCGUCCUGAAAUAUUCAAAUCCUUGCUAUACGAAGCGUGUGGGCGGAUAGUGAAUCCGAUUUACGGGUCAGCCGGGUUGAUUUGGUCCGGGAGCUGGCAUCUCUGCCAAGCCGCCGUGGAGGCGGUUCUCAGAGGCGCGCCGAUCAUGCAGAUUUCUUCCGAGUCCGCUGUGAGCAGCAUGAGCCCACCGCUUAAAGCCUGCGAUAUACGCCACGUGUCGAAGAGGGAGAAAGCGGCUCCUUCCGAUCAGCUUCACAAGGUUAAGAAGUCUCGGAACCGGCUCAAGAGCUCUGCUGCGAAGCAGAAAGUGGAGUAUAGUGCUUUGGAGUUUGCGAUUGUGACCGGGUCAUCAGGAAAUGAAGACGAGUUCGGUGGAUCGGUGAGUCACGAGUUGUGGGCGAGUCAGAAUCCGAGUCGCGGAGGUGAUAGCGGAGAGGCUGACUGUGUUUCUGCUGAGACUGUGGAGGCUACGCUGGCGAAGCCGGACGAGCGAGCCGAUAGUAGCGACGUGGACUUGGACCUAACUUUGGGCUUCGGCCACUGGGAUCGAGUAAAGGGUGGGGAACAGCUGGACGGUGUCGAUGAUGACACGUGUAAGAUGGAAGUGGGGAUCCGGAGCGGCUCAGCCCAUAUGUAAAAUGAGUGUGGCCGUGGCAGUGUUUAGAUCAGAUGGUGAUUACAACCAAUUUUCCGUUUGUAAUACCUUUUUUUUUUUUUUUUUUGUUACCGUUGAAAUGGUAUAUUGUAUGUAAUAGAUAAUGUGAAGGAAAGAUAAUGAUACAAUUUGGUUUCUCUCUGUCUUUGUAUUCUCACAUGUAAACUUUUGACGAGGUCCGUAUGAUUACAUAAUUUACACA